AUGGCGAUUACCUCCAAAUCCAUAGCUCCAACAAUAAUCUUCCUAUUAUACCUAAUUUCUUGCGUCUCAAGUCAACAAGAAACCAAAUUUCUAAACCAUGGCUUUCUUGGUGCUAAUCUCCUCAAGUUCGGGUCCUCCAAGAUCCACCCCAGUGGACUCUUGGAGCUAACAAACACUUCAAUGAGGCAAAUGGGUCAAGCUUUUCACGGCUUUCCCAUACCCUUAUUAAACUCAUCGAAUUCAUCAGUUUCUUUCUCCACAAGUUUCGUUUUCGCCAUCACUCCAGGACCAGGCUCACCAGGCCACGGCUUAGCUUUCGUUAUCUCACCCUCAAUGGACUUUAGCCAGGCCUUUCCCACUAACUAUCUAGGCCUCUUCAACACUUCAAACAACGGAAACCCCUUAAACCGCAUCCUCGCUGUUGAAUUCGACACGGUGCAAGCCGUUGAGUUUAACGAUAUUGAUGAUAACCACGUUGGUAUCGACCUAAACGGAGUGGUCUCCAUCGAGUCUGCACCGGCUGCAUAUUUUGAUGACCGAGAGGCAAAGAACGUAAGUCUGAAGCUGGCAAGUGGAGAGCCAAUUAGAGUCUGGAUCGAGUACAAUGCCACCGAGAUGAUGCUCAAUGUCACAGUAGCUCCUCUAGAUCGUUUGAAACCGAACUUGCCUCUUCUCUCAAGGAAACUGAAUCUUUCAGGGAUUUUCGCCGAAGAAAACUAUAUCGGAUUCUCUGGAGCCACCGGAACUAUCACUAGCGCACAUCUUGUUCUUGGCUGGAGCUUUAGCAUCGAAGGUAAAGCAUCAGAGUUUGAUCUCACGAAGCUUCCUUCUAUUCCAGACCCGCCAACACCAUCGUCUCCAUCUCCAAAUCCUCCGGUUUCAGUCAAAAAGGAUACAAAUAACACAAAGCUGAUUAUAAUCUUGGCUGCAUCAGCAACAUUUGGACUGAUCAUAAUGUUAAGCUUCUUAGGAGUUUGGUUUUUCCGUAGAAACCAAAUAUUAGUCACAAGAGGCGCACGGAAAUUCUCCCACCAGAUGAUUUCCAAUGCAACGGGAGGUUUUGACAACACUAGACUUCUAGGAGAGAGGAACUCAGGAAGUUUCUAUAAAGGGCAGCUUACUCCUACAGAGAUAAUCGCAGUGAAGAGAAUUACUUGCACCACAAGGCAACAAAAGACAACCCUAAUAUCCGAGAUCGAUGCAAUCUCCAAGAUCAGACAAAGAAACCUUGUUAAUCUACUUGGUUACUGCACCAAAGGAAACGAUAUCUGUCUCGUUUACGAGUAUGUCCCCAACGGAAGCCUAGACCGGUUCUUAUUCAGCAAUGACAGACCGGUUCUCACAUGGUCGGACCGGUUCUGUAUCAUAAAGGGGAUUGCAUCAGGACUUCAGUACCUUCACGGAGAAGGUCCAAAACCUUUAAUUCACGGAAACGUCAAAGCAAGCAACAUACUCUUGGACGAAGAGCUAAACUCUCGACUUGGAGACUACGGACAAGGAAGCAGGCACAGCACAACAGGACACGUGGCGCCGGAGCUAGUCGAAACAGGAAAGGUAACACGUGACACAGACGUGUAUGCGUUUGGUGUGUUGAUGAUGGAGAUUGUUUGUGGAAGGAAAGCCAUUGAGCCGACGAAACCACCUGAAGAAAUCAGUUUAGUGAAUUGGGUGCUUCAAGGGUUCAAGAAUGGUGAUCUGUUACAGAGAUGCGAUGCAAGAAUCAAUAGAGAGGAAUUGGUGGCUCGGGAAGUGUUGUUGGUUCUGAAAACCGGACUUCUGUGCGCAAACCGGUCUGCUGAAGCUAGACCGAUGAUAAAGAAAGUGUUUCAGUAUCUCGAUGGUCUAGAACGUCUCCCUCAUGACGACUACCUUUUCUAUGGAGUCUAAAAAGGUGAUCUCGAUACGCGGUUGUAUUUAAAAAGCGUUUGCG